CCCCCUCCACAAAAUGGCGGCUGCCGCCUCGCUGUUCCCCUCAGCCCUGGGGUUGGGCGCCUGGUUUUCGGCGGGAGGGCGGCGCUCCCCCACCCUUCACGGGGGGGAGGGCUGCGGCGGAGGGUCCCCGUCAAGCGUAACCUGCUUGAGGGUUAAUUAGUUGGUUAAGAGAAAGCCCCGGGGAGCCGAGGCUCGGCUCCCCCUGCGCCUCACGGCCUCCCCGUGAGCCGCCGCGCUUUUCGGGGCGCCGGGAGCCCCGGGGCGGGCGCCGCGGUUGAGCCUCGCCCCGUUGCCCCACCUCUGCGGGGCCGCCUCUCCCCCUCGGCGCGGCGGGCGGCCCCCCUGCGCCGGCGGCACGGCGGGGAGGGAGGGCCGGGCCGCGGCGGGAGGCCGCAGGCGCGGAGAGGCAGGUAGCAACGCUCCCCUCGGCGCCCCGGUUCCCCCCUCGCGGGCGUCCCGUUCCCCCCCCGCGUGGAGACCGGGCCCGGCCGCCCCCGGCCGCGUUGUCCCGCCGGGAUCGCUCGCUGUAGGGCUCUCAAAACCCAGGGCUUCCCCGGAAAGCCCCCCUGUUGCUGCGUGGAGGCAAGGAGAAGGGAUGACCUGGUGCCCUGACGUGGGCCUUGGGGCUCUUGGUGCAGAGGGGAUUCCAGGAUUGGAGCCGCGUUUUGUGAUUACGUGUGACCGGUGCUAAAUAAUACUGCAGAACGAGACACGUAACUCCGCGGGAUCUACACUUCUCUGUGUAUCAAGGUCCCUUUGCAUCAGAGUUAUUCAGGAGCCCUGGAAGUCCCCUCAUUCCCCUUCCUGCCUAUUUUGCUUCCCUCUGUAGCUGAGCUGGUGAGAUAAUGGAGCUGAGGACUGUGGUAGCCACGGUGGAAAGCGGGGAGCAAGACACAGUUCUCAAGGUGCUUCAGAUCUACAACCAAGAGAAAUCUCAGUGCUUCACCUUCAAUGAUGAGGAGCGGGAGGAGAGGAAGAAAAUGGCCCAGCUGCUGAUCAAGUUUUUGGAAAGAGAGCUUCAGCCGUCCUGCCAGGUCACGUGUUUGGAAAGCAUCCGUAUCCUGUCCCGAGACAAAUACUGCCUUGACCCUUUCACCACCAAGGAAGGCCUGAAGACCCUCUCCAGGCAUGCUGGCAUUGAUUACUCAGAGGAGCUCAUCCGAGAGGUCCCAGACUUGGAUGUAAUCCUGGAAUCCCUCAAAUGUCUCUGCAACAUUGUCUUCAGCAGCCCUAGGGCACAGGAGCUGACAGCUGAAGCCCGGCUGGUGGUGGGCCUGGCCAAGCGCAUCAAACUGUACAACGAGAGAAGCCUUCCUCACGAGGUCAAGUUCUUUGAUCUGCGUCUCCUGUUCCUACUGACAGCGCUCAGAGUGGACAUCCGGCAGCAGCUAGCCCAGGAGCUCAGGGGCAUCAGCCUGAUGACAGAUACCCUGGAGCUGACCCUUGGUGUGAAGUGGAUGGAUCCAUAUGAAGUUGCCGCCGAGGAGGGACUUCUCCCGCCUUUGCCUCGGCAGGAGACAGAGCGAGCGAUGGAGAUCCUGAAAGUGCUCUUCAAUAUCACCUUUGAUUCCAGCAAGAGGGAGGUGGAUGAGGAAGAUGCUGCUUUGUACAGGCACUUGGGUGCCCUCCUGCGCCACUGCCUCAUGAUCUCUGCUGAUGGAGAGGACCGGACGGAGGAAUUCCACAGCCAUACAGUUAACCUCUUGGGCAACCUGCCCCUGAAAUGCCUGGAUGUCCUCUUGACCCCGAAAGUCCGGCCAGGCUCGCUUGAGUACAUGGGUGUCAAUAUGGAUGCGGUCAGCAUCCUGCUCGAUUUCCUAGAGCGACGUCUUGACAGGGGACACAAGCUGAAGGAGAGCCUGACCCCGGUGCUGAACCUGCUGACUGAGAGCGCCCGAGUCCAUCGCCAGACGAGGAAGUUCCUGAAGGCAAAGGUGCUGCCUCCCCUCCGGGAUGUGAGGAAUCGGCCAGAGGUGGGGAAUUCGCUGCGGAACAAGCUGGUGCGUUUGAUGACCCACAUUGACACUGAUGUGAAGCACUGUGCAGCAGAGUUCCUCUUCGUGCUCUGCAAGGAGAGUGUGUCGCGGUUUGUGAAGUACACGGGAUAUGGAAACGCAGCUGGGCUCCUGGCAGCACGAGGCCUCAUGGCUGGUGGUCGGGAAGAGGGAGAGUACUCAGAGGAUGAAGACACUGACACGGAGGAGUACAAGGAGGCAAAGCCUAACAUUAAUCCUGUGACGGGACGUGUUGAGGAGAAACUCCCCAACCCCAUGGAAGGGAUGACUGAAGAGCAGAAGGAAUAUGAAGCCAUGAAGUUAGUCAACAUGUUCGACAAGCUGUCCAGAGAGCAAGUCAUCCAGCCCAUGGGCAUCACGCCGAGCGGCAACCUCGCCCCCAUGGAGAACGCCAUCCGCGAUAUGGCUGACGAGAGGUCGUCGUCCGACUCGGACCUGGGGCUGGACUGAUCCCGACCGCUCGCCCCAACCCCAGAGGGCUGGGGAGCCUCCAUCUGCUCUCCCUCCAGAACUGGUGCUGCACCUGGAGGCUGGUAUUGGGCCAGGACUCUCCCUGUGGGAUCUGAAUCCAGCCUGGACCCUUCACAGUCCACAACGAAGAACACCCCCUGCCUCCCUCCCUGCUCCACAACCACCUCUUUCCAGAGGCUCUUCAUGGCCUGGCUCCACCUUGGUCUCUCCCCUCAGCAGUCUGGAGGAUUUCAGAGUCCAAACUGCUUCCAGGACUUUCCAUUAGGUUUUUCUUUUUAAUACGUGAUGUUUGGGAAGAAGGGUGGGGGGGGAUCUUUGUGUCACACCAACAGGGUUCAGUAAUCCGCGGAGCAUCUCGUGCGUGUGCCGACGCUUGUGCGGCUACGUGUCAGCACGUGCGUCUCCGCGUGGUUACGUGGGGGGGUCGCUCCCCAGGAACACGGGUGGGCUCUGUGAACGGCUGUACGCGUCGCGGUGCCUGUGCACACAGGAGUGCAGGUGUAGACUCGCUGUGAGUGUGCAUGCGAGUGCAGAGGGGACAACCGCUGUGCUGUGGUGGACAGCGUGUGCGCUGGGGUAAAGCGAGUAAAGCUCUUGGGUGAAGCUUCCAGCACUCCCAUCAACCACAGGAAAAACCUGCAAGUGACUGCCAGAACCACUCUGAUACUUAGUCCGUGGCACUGUACGGUGUUCCCGUCACCACUGAGUUUAGUUUUUGGCGUUAGCCUUUAUCCAUUGCGCUUUCAAAUUGAAAGGCCAAAAUCUGUGCUGUCUGUUGCCUCCUCAUCUGCCUUGGCUUUCCCACAGAUCCAGUGCUCUUAGUGCCCGGGGGCUGGUGUUGAUGCUGUCCUUCGCUGCAGCUUAGAUUUGUCUUUAUUUUUUUUUUCCUUUUUAAAGAAAAAGGAUUUAAAGGAAAAUCUUCCAAUUUGUCAUGUACCAAAACUUACUAGCACACCUAGGAAUGCAGAAGUUAUGCUAGAAUAAAGAAAACCUUCUGAGAAA